GAUACAGGUUUAACAACGUGGAAGGUAUAUCAAUUCAAUUGGAACCGGGUCUUUGCUCAAAGGAUGAAGAAGUAGAUCCAAAUUCUGUUGUUAGAGCUCGUGGACUUCCUUGGCAAUCAUCAGACGGUGACAUUGCCAGGUUUUUUAGGGGAUUAAAUAUAGAAAAGUGA